UGUUCCUAUUCACGCACACCCCACAGAUAUAUGUGUUCUCUUCCCUCUUCAUUCACUCAUUCAUAUUAUACAGACAGCCAGACUCCGCUGCUUGUGAUGAUGAUGAUGAUGACCGUGAAUGAAUCUUGAUUGAUGAUUCAAACACAAACCAGAUACAGAUAGAUACAAACCCGUUAUUUCUUCUCUUCUAUACACUCACAGAAAUUGAUUGUUUGUGUUUGUUGAAUCGCUCUGAUAUUCUUUUGUGCCAUGGCGGAGGAGACGACGAAGACGGCCCCCGAGGCGGUGGUGGAGAAGGAAACGACUGCGGUCGUCGACAAGGUUGAGAAGCCGGAGGCUGAAGAGAAGGCGGAGAAGGGGAAAGACGAAGAACCCCAAGGGGAAGGCGAAGGCGAAGGCGAAGGCGAGAAGAAGGUGGAAGAAGAGUCUGCACCGGUUAAGGAGGAGAGCAACAAGGUUGAGGAUCUCGUAGAUCCGGAGAAGAAGGCUUUGGAUGAAUUCAAAGAGCUGAUUCGUGAGGCACUCAACAAGCAUGAAUUCACUGCUCCGCCGGCCCCUGCCAAGGUUGUCGAAGAACCAAAGCCUGAGGCUGAGGAGAAGAAGAAAGAAGACGAAGCAGCAGCCAAACAGGAAGAAAAAGAAAAAGAAGCAGAAAAAGAAGAGCCAAAGCCUGAGGAGACAAAGGAGGGCGAUCAGCCAAAGACAGAGGAGAAAAAGGAAACCGAAACGGUGGAGGUUGAGGUUGAGGAAAAAGCAAUCCCUGCAGCAGCAGAAUCGUCUGAAACAACGGCAGAGAAAGCUAAAGAAAAGGCGGAGCCUGUGGAAGAGGUCAAAGAAACUAUUGUUCACCAAGUCCAACCGCCAAGUGAGGCCACCGUGGAGGUGGAGGUGGAGGUGAAGGAGGAAACACCUCCGUCGUCGCCGGAGGAGGUUUCAAUCUGGGGAGUCCCUCUCCUUGCAGAUGAAAGGAGCGACGUGAUUCUCCUCAAGUUCUUGCGCGCCAGGGAUUUCAAGGUGAAGGAUGCUUUUGCCAUGCUCAAAAACGUGGUGGCCUGGAGAAAACAGUUCAAGAUUGAUGAGCUGUUGGAAGAGGAAGGUAUCAUCGAGGGCCUCGAGAAGGUUGUGUAUAUCCAUGGAGUGGACAAAGAGGGGCACCCUGUCUCUUACAAUGCCUUGGGUGAGUUCCAGGACAGGGAGCUGUACAGCAGAGCUUUUGCUGAUGCUGAGAAGAGAGGCAAGUUUUUGAGAUGGUAUAUCCAGUUCUUAGAGAGGAACAUCAGGAAGCUGGACUUCACCCCCGAUGGUGUGUGCACCAUUGUUCAGGUCGUCGACCUCAAGGAUUCACCAGGCCUCAUCUUGUUCAAGAAAGACUUCCGCCAGGCCACCAAUCAGGCCUUCCAACUGCUUCAGGAUAACUAUCCUGAAUUCGUCGCCAAAGAGGUGUUCAUCAAUGUCCCAUGGUGGUAUGUGGCAUACAAUAGGAUGAUCAGUCCAUUCUUGACGCAGAGAACCAAGAGCAAGUUUGUGUUUGCAGGCCCUACCAAGACCACUGAAGCACUCUUCAAAUACAUUGCACCCGAGCAUGUGCCAGUUCGAUAUGGUGGCCUUAGCAAAGAGGGCGACCAAGAAUUCACCCCUGCUGAUAGUGCCACAUUACAAGUUAUCAAGCCGACCAGCAAACACAUCAUUGAAUUGCCAAUUACUGAGGCCUGCACAUUGGUAUGGGAGGUGAGAGUGAUAGGCUGGGACAUUACAUAUGGGGCUGAGUUCAUCCCAAGCGCUGAGGGCGCGUACACUUUGGUUGUGCAGAAGUCCCGGAAGAUUGGUCCAGCUGACGAGCAAGUGAUCAGCUGCAGCUUCCCGGUUGGCGAAACUGGCAAGGUGGUUCUCACAUUCGACAACCAAACUACUAAGAAGAAGCAACUUCUGUCCAGGUCCAAGACCAAGCUCUCUGGACCAAAGUAAAGACACAAAUGACAACCACCAAGAAGACAGACACUCCUUUGUUCAUUCACAACAUUAUUCUUAUUUUCUCAAUUUGCGCCGUCUUUAUUUAUUCUAUAUAUAUGAUGUAUAUCUGUUGUGUUUUAUUGAAUUGAAGUUUUGCUGUUGUAAGAAAAUGGGCGCAUACACAUGCUUAUGAUAAGCACCUGUUUAUUUAUGUUAUUAUGUAUACAAGGGAUUGAUUGGUUUGGUAGUGUGUGAAAUUCAAACAUAUAAAUGUCAGCUGUUCCUCUCUUCUUGUUAUA